AGAGUACAUUUCAUAGAGGAUAGAGGAAAUAUUAGACAGUGCUGAUACACAGUGCCAAAUGUUCGUAGAGGACGGUGUGUAAAAGGGGUCCGCAGCGUACUAGAUGUACUAUGCAGUGAUGUUUGUAGGAUAAAUAAUAUAGCAUUGUAACUGCUUUGCCUUUGGGUGCAGUUCAGCUUGGAGCUAUCCAAACUUUGUUUAUAGCUAUAAUAGGGUUUUUUUCCUAUUACUUUUUUAAAUUUUCGAUUACAAUCCUCUGUGCCGGUGUUUGCUGUGCAGGCAGCUGCAGGAGGAGAUGAAUAAGUACCGUGGAGAGUUAAGUGAGAGGGAGAGGGAACUGCUGCUGAUCCGCAGGGCCAGCGGAGCUAAAGCCUCUCAGCUAGCUCAGAUGGAGAAGAUGCUGCAGGAGACCAAAGGCAUGCUGGACAAGAAGAACGAAAUGGGUGUGGACAAAAAAGCUUGCGGCGACACUAUGGUGUCCGAACUGGAGGAGAAGGUCCAGCGCAGUAAACGUGACCGGCGUAACUCUUUGCACCGCACGCAGCUGCUGGAGAGCCAGAUGAAAACGGUGCGGGGCGAGCUAGUGGACACGCUGGACCACCUGCAGGCGCUGCGGGACAAGCUUCGGCGCUCCCAGGAGAAAGCAGAAGAGCGCAAAGCCGCCAUGGAGAGACUCACCGCGGAGCUCAGGUGAGGCUUCAGGCCCCGUCCAACAAUCCUGACCUUCGUCCUGUCCUGUGUGAUGCCCUACUCACCUGCCAACACUAAACACAGACAGACUGUGCUAUUCUACCUAAAACAGAGACUGUGUAGGCUCUUCCUGUUCUUUUCCACACCACACGCUCCAGAAGAGGUAAAGCGUCUGAUAUUGACUGUGUCAUUUCUGCUUUUUGCGGUCACUGUCUGGUUAUUCCAUACCCAUUGGAUUGAGUUGUGUCUGGGCAAACUGUUGGACAAAAAAUCACUGACCGACUGAUGUAUCUUAUUGCUGCCCCAUUCUGAAAUUGACCGUGCCAUUUCUGCUUUCUGCGUCUGAGAAAAACUGUCACAAGGAGCAGCUGUGUUUACAGUGCUUGACAGAAAUUCUGUGACUGACUGAUGCGUCUUAUUGGUGAUAGCACUGUUUUCUGUUGACAGUAUUGGAGAGAAAUCAAUGAAGUUUAUUAUGUUGUAAUCUAACAGUUUCUCACUGUCCUGUAUUCUAAUCAUACUUUCAAUUUGUUUGAGGUUACACUCUUAUUCUCCAGGGUAUAUUUUGGUUUUUCCAUCUGAAUUCACAUGACCAAAUCAUAAG